GAGAGAACUAGCUGAGACACUGUCGACACACCUCCCGAAAAACGCGAAGUGCCCCCCGCCUACCGCAACACAAUGCUGGGGCGACCUUCGAUGCCUGCCCGGCUGCAGCGAAGCUGGUGCAACGCUCUGAGUUCCCAAGAGGAGGGCAGCCACUUCCCUCAAAUGUGGCCCUUAGGAACUACCUAGCUAGGAACUAAUUUAGUUCUUUGCUAGUAGGGCGGAGUGACAGCCGUCGGUGCGUACUUCGCGUGGUAAGACUUCUACACCAUGGUCGUCCAUGCCACUCUUUCUCUCUCUCCUCAUAUCCCCACGUUUGUCAACAACAUGGCCAAGAACACUUUCCUGGACCCCUCGUCAAAGUUUUGAGUACCUGAGAAACCUCUGCGGCUUCAGAUUUCGACGACACCCUGCGGACGACCCUACUUGGGUACGAGAGGCUUGUAGGAUAUCAGCAUCAUCCAUCCGAAGUCGCUCCUUUCACUAUGUCCGCCGUCCGUCUCUUCUUCCUGCUCGCUUGCUUCCUGGGCCUUGGAAAUUUUGUCGCCGCGUCAGAUAUCUCGUAUCAGGGAAUCCCUAGUUGUGCUAUCAAAUGCAUCUUCCAGGAGAUUGGCCAUUCAUCAUGUGCCUUGACGGAUCAAAAAUGCAUGUGUAACGACGAGGUGUUGGCGGGAUACGUGCAGGUCUGUGUCGAGGCAAACUGCACUGUCAUGGAGAUGCUCGCGGCACGGAAUCAGUCAUUGGCUGCCUGUGGCGUACCCGUUACUCAGCAGGACACCGUCAUGGCGUGGUUUAGGGCGCUCCUAUUCGCGCUUCCGACAUUUUUCAUCAUUGUGCGAAUGGUGAACAAGUGUAUAAAGCUGUCGUCUUGGGGUUGGGACGACACGACCAUCGUCAUAGCAUAUGCCGUACUGGCAGCUUUCCUUCCAGCAGCCUAUCUAGCUGAGGCAACUGGUGCAGGGAGGGAUAUCUGGGUUCUAUCUGAAGACCAAAUCACAUAUUUUCUUUUGCUGUUCAUAAUAUUCGGCAUGCUAUAUAUGACCUGCCUAGCCUUCAUCAAGGCCUCGAUCAUAUUUCUAUACCUUCGAAUCUUUCCCGACGAAACGUUCCGCCGAGUCCUAUGGUGUACUCAGCUGUUCAACCUCCUUCUUUGGAUUGCUUUCAUCGCCGGUACCUUUGGCUCUUGUCAGCCCUUGCACUUUUUCUGGCAUGGGUGGAAGAGGGAUAUGGAGGGCAAGUGCUUCAACUUGAACGCCUUCGCCAUGUGCCAUGGAGUGUUGAACGUGGCUCUGGAUGCCUGGAUGCUUGUCUUACCUGCGACUCAAGUCUACUCGCUGAGAAUGCAACCCAAGAAGAAGUUGGGUGUGAUGCUGAUGUUCGGCGUUGGAGUAUUUCUCACUGCAGUCAGUGCCUAUCGCAUCAAGGCCCUUCUCAUUUUUGCGACAUCAUACAACGUCACAGCCGACUCGUUUCAAAGCUCUCUCUGGUCCCACAUCGAGCUAUGUGUUGGUAUUUUCGUGUCUUGUCUCCCAGGUACACGUCAAGUCUGGAGGAAACUGUUCCCCAAGAUCCUCGAAGUAACACACCUGUCUUCGAGAUCAGCUAGACUGUCUAGGUCAGCAAAGGCUUCACACUCUGCCAGCCAAGCCUCGCGAUCGGCAGUGGACCCUAAUGACCGUUCACGAGUUUUGUCCUACGAGGAGUCUUCGAUAGCUCAUCUCGUUGGAGACUUUAAUACCAUUGACCUCAAUAACCUCAGCGAUGCGAGCCCGAUGGAGGCGGACCCCCCGAAGACGCCAAAGAACCACGUCGAAGUCCAACAUGGCCCUAUCUCGGGGAGUUCAAGAAGUAGUGAUGGAAUCAUGAGUCAGAAGGCUUGGGAUAUAUGAAGCCAAUUCAGGAGUUGAGGAUGAUUAUUCAACAAAAGGCGAACCUUCCAUCUCAGCGACACUUCAAUCCGAAACACACGCCUACCCACACCCACGAUAAUCUCGGAUAGAUAUGAGGCUGAUAAGGCAAGCAACUCUUGUUACAUUGCUAUGCGAUCUGAUGAUACAGAGAGUGGCAAUGAUGGGCUGCCUUGGCGGGGUGACAGUACUGCCGAAAGAGUACAGUUUCUAUACGAAACGGGGAUGCAUUGUUCAAAGUUAGCGGGAGGGAGGAGGGUUGGUCUGGAAAUUGCAACUUCUGCUCGAGAUACCCAGAGCGACUGUCCGGGGCCUUUUUCAGAUGAUGAGGGGUGUUCUUGAGCCGAGCCGUUCACAGCUAGAAAUAGUCAAUAAAACACCAAAGAUAGGCGAUGGCCUUAACUUAAGCAAUACCAACCAGGA